AUGACACAACAAAAGACAGAGGGAAACAUUAUCGUCGUAUCUAAUCGACUACCAGUAACCAUCACCAAAAAUGAAGAGACAGGUCAAUAUGACUAUAAAAUGUCCUCCGGUGGUCUCGUGACUGGGCUACAAGGUCUUAAAAAGACGUCCAGUUUCCAAUGGUUUGGAUGGCCAGGUUUAGAAAUCCCAGUCGAAGAUCAAGCAAAAGUUAAGAGAGAUCUAUUGCAAAAAUUCAAUGCGAUUCCUGUGUUUAUGAGUGAUGAGAUUGCUGAUUUGCAUUAUAAUGGGUUUAGUAAUUCUAUUCUGUGGCCUUUGUUCCAUUAUCAUCCUGGUGAAAUUACUUUUGAUGAAAGUGCAUGGUUAGCUUAUAAUGAAGCUAAUAGGAUGUUUUGUGAUGUUAUUUGUCAAACUUUGAAAGAAGAUGAUGUUGUGUGGGUCCAUGAUUAUCAUUUGAUGUUAUUACCUCAAAUGUUGAAAAAAUGGAUUAAUGCAAAACAAUUGAUGAAUAUUAAAUUAGGAUGGUUUUUACAUACUCCAUUCCCAUCAAGUGAAAUUUAUAGAAUCUUACCUGUUAGACAAGAAAUUUUGAGAGGUGUCUUAAGUUGUGACUUAGUUGGGUUCCAUACUUACGAUUAUGCAAGGCAUUUCCUUUCUGCUGUACAAAGAGUAUUAAAUGUAAAUACGUUACCUAAUGGUGUAGAAUAUGAGGGUAAUUUCGUUAAUGUUGCUGCUUUCCCCAUUGGUAUUGAUGUAGAUAAAUUUACUCAAGGUCUAAAGAAAAAGGAAGUUAUUCAAAGGAUUCAAGAUCUAAAAAAGAAAUUUAAAGGUUGUAAAAUUAUUGUUGGUGUAGAUAGAUUAGAUUAUAUCAAGGGUGUUCCACAAAAAUUACAUUCUAUGGAAGUUUUCCUCAAUGAACAUCCAGAAUGGAUUGGUAAAGUAGUCCUGGUACAAUUAGCCGUUCCAAGUCGUGGUGAUGUGGAAGAAUAUCAAUAUUUAAGAAGUGUGGUUAAUGAAUUAGUUGGCAGAAUUAAUGGACAAUUUGGAACAGUGGAAUUUGUUCCUAUCCAUUUUAUGCAUAAGAGUAUUCCAUUUGAAGAAUUGAUUUCUCUAUAUGCAGUAAGUGAUGUUUGUCUUGUGUCCUCGACAAGAGAUGGGAUGAAUUUAGUCUCGUAUGAAUACAUUGCAUGUCAAGAAGAAAAGAAAGGUUCUCUAAUUUUAAGUGAGUUUGCAGGUGCAGCACAAUCUUUAAAUGGUGCCAUGAUAGUCAAUCCAUGGAAUACAGAUGAAUUAGCAGAAACCAUACAUAAUGCGUUGACCAUUGCAGAUGAGAAGAAGGCCGCAAAUUGGGAGAAACUAUACAAGUAUAUUUCUAAAUAUACUUCUGCAUAUUGGGGUGAACAUUUUGUCUAUGAACUUGUCAACGGUACAUCUUCCUCAGAUGGUAAUAACCUCAACAAGAGCAAUAAGCCAAAAGCAGCAAUAUAUUAG